CGUCUACCCACGCUAAACGCAUCUAAUCUGCCCACCGGCCAUCCUCAGUGUGCCAGAGGCCCCCUUCCCUUCAGCUCCAUACAAUUCAUUACACAUUGUCCUUGACUGCACAUUCAUGUUUGCCCUUAGGAGAAAUUCCAUUGUUACAAUUCAGCGUAUCUUUCCCAUUGCGGCGGCCGUCCGCUACGGGAGCUCUACAACAGCAACUGGCGCCUAUGGCACCCAUAACACACCUGUCGCUUCUAAUGAGACUCUCUCUCGAGAGGACAACAAACUGCUUGACCAAGUGAUCCGUGUGGACCAUGCUGGUGAGUUGGGCGCCAACAGAAUUUACAAGGGUCAGCACUUUAUCCUGCGAGUGACGAACCCCAGAGUCGCACCAACCAUCCAGCAUAUGUGGGACCAGGAAAAGUACCACCUUUCCAUAUUCAACAAAUACUGUACGGAACACAAUGUUCGUCCCACGGUUCUUCGUCCCCUAUGGGACGUUGCCGGAUUUGCACUUGGUGUCGGCAGCGCUUUGUUAGGCACGCGAGCCGCUAUGGCUUGCACAGAGGCUGUAGAGACGGUUAUUGGCGACCAUUACAACAACCAAAUUCGUGAAACAGCCCAUCUCGAGGACAAACAUCCAGAGUUCUCUAAACUGCGUGAGAAACUUGCCGAGCUACGUGACGAUGAGCUGGGCCAUCUGAAUGCUGCGGUAGACGACUGGGAAGCUCAAAAGGCCCCUGCCCAUGGACUGUUCACGAAUGCAAUAAAGCUUGGUUGCAAAACUGCCAUCUGGUUGUGCAAAAGGUUCUAAGCAGCAAUGGACAGACUAGCCUUCGUCCAUGUCUGGCCAAGUGGUUGUUCACCUCUCCCAUCUUCAGCUGUGUCUUUUUCGUUUCUUAUGUUUCUCCCGUUUAGUACUUUCGUUUUCAUUUUCAGUUUCUUUUCUUUUCGGUUCGGUUCGUUUCUUUUUUUAUGUCCUUAAUGACGACGCUUCUUAAUCUUGGAACUUGCGCAGUGUGGACAGUUCGUCCAAGAUGCCUUGCAGACUUUCGUCUGAAAUUUUAGUUGCCAAACUGGGAAUCAGUGUACGAGCUUCUUCUGCGUCUUCACAACACAAAGUACCUAGUUGAGCACGCUCAAACUUGUGGAACCGGUUUCCUAGAAUACGUUCACAAGCGUAUGUCGCUUCUUGCGUCUUAAAACGCGCAAAAAUGUUGAAGUACUCCAUUGUUUUUUUCAUGACACUGUUCGAGUUUCGUCAGCGUCUCUCCAUGUGAUAAAAACACGCAAAAACGCCAUCCACCGUUUUAGAAAGAGCGCACAACUUACUCUGUCAUAGGAACCUCGCCUCCGGUUUCGCGUGAACGCUGAGCCAGCACGGUUUCGACAAGAAUCUUUGCUUCCGAAACGGUCAACAUGUCUUCGUUUUCAAACUCUGUAUCUGUAUUAAUAAAUGAUCAUUUGUAAUGUGUAUCAGUACGCAAAGAUGUUCUCACCUGGUCCCAAUUUCAGUUGGCCAGCGUCUUCCUCCAUAACCGUUUUUCGGGAAGCCAUUCUGAACAGUAAUGACGAUUCCUAACUAUAAAAUACAACGAAAUAUUCAAUGC